GUGAAGAACAUUUAUGUCGAACAAAUUGGUUUGAUUUUUCAUGUGGAGAUGAACAAUGUGUACAAACGUUUGAUAAAUUUCAUAAUAGACAUAAUCUUUUAUUAAUACAAUCAAUAUCAAAUCAAGGUUAUUUAUCAAAUAAUUGUUUAAUAGGAAUGAUGUGUUUUACUCAAGUAAUUAAAGAAAUUCAUGGAAUAUUAUCUGAAACAUUAUUUUUAAAUAAUUUAAUUAAUGAUUUUAUUAAGAAUUAUGAUUCUAUACUUCAAUUUUCAAUAAAUUCAAUAUAUAUGAGUCAUAUUCAUCUUUUAUAUGGGUGGAUAUGGUCGUUAGUAUUCCUAAGACGAAUACUAACACCCACACCCUAUUUCAUAUCUUUUCGAAUGUGA